CUUAGGUGCUACUUUUAGGCCUAAAAUACUUUGUGAAUUGCUCUUAGUGAAAAAAGUUAGGAGUCCUAAAUUUAAGAGUGACACGCCCAUUAUUUUCAGGAGUUACUCCUAAAUUCGCCAGUUAGGACCUACUUUUAGCCCUAAGAUCCUUUGUGAAUACCGCCCCAGGUUCAUAAGUGUAAUAUCUUUCCUUAAAUAUGACAAUUAUAUGUUAUAUUUAUAUAUCUUCCAUUAGUGUGUAUUUGACUUUUAAUUUUGCUCGGACCCCGUUAAUCACCGCUUGCGGUUCUAUUUCUCUUUCUGUCUCUCUCAAACCAGUGAACGGUCUUUCAGAGCAAUGACACUUCUAGCCUGCGUACUUAUACCUCCACCCCUUAUCAUUACCGUUUGUAAGAAUAACAUCGACAAUUGUAAGAAGAAGAUCUCAACAAAACACCUUGCUGGAUUCAUGUCAAUGUUGGCCUCACAAAGAGAAUUUAAAACCAAUUCAGAAUUUUAUCUGGGUGGUUAUACCACUCUCUUUAAACCUGUUUAAACUGCUACAUUUUACUUUCGUAAAAGUAACUUUGCGCUUAACUUUCGCAAACAUAACUUUACGAGAGACCUAUUUACAUUGCUUGGGCUUCUGUAUUUGAACCACACUCUUUAAACCUGGUUUUGACGCAAACCAGAUUUUGAUCUGCUUUCCAAUGUGCAUGUCAACGCAGUGAUUCAGGUUUCUUUAAAGGCGACAUAUUAUACGCCAGGUGUGAGUGUGAUUAGCCAUUACAAGCCGUUUUGAAAAUCUGCCUCUUCUGUCAUCACAAGUGGGCGCGUCCACCUAGUUGUACGCUGGAUAGAUUAGUCUACCAGCCUACCCAGUGGACUGUAGCAAACGUUGCUCAUCUAUCCGUCAACAUCUAGGUGGACACGCCCAAUUGUGUUGUCACUAAAACACAGGAAGAGGCAGAAUUUGAAACGGCUUGUAACGGCUAAUCACACUCACACCUGGUGGUGUAAUAGGUCUCCUUUAAAUGCAAUGGUCCAGACACUAUGGGCAGGGGAACCAGACUGUGUUGACUCAGGAGGACUUCAGCCAACUUGAACUCAUUCAGGGGGGAUAACUCAGGCCAGAUGUGCACGAGGCUCAUCCAGAUGAGGAGGAGGAGGCUGGCAGGAGGCCAGCUGUUUAACUCAGACCUGCUCUACGUCUCAGGGUACCCAUCGAGACACUCAAGUUCUUCAAGACCAGGACCCCCCAAACCUGACCCCGCCCAUGCCCAAGGCCACGCCAACAGGACCGGGCUGUCACGAGGGGACGUAGAGAGGCAGGAGGGGGCGUGGUCUCAAACACAAAGGACAACGAAACCGAACACUAGAACACAGCAAACAAAAUGGCCGUCGCACUUCUCCACCCUCUCCACCUAGUCCUGUUGGCGUCCCUCCUGCACCUGCCCUGGCUGGCCCAAGGGAAGGCCUACUACGGCUCUAACCAGCCCCCGCCGCCUCUCCAGCAUCAGCCUAGCGAUGGCUACCUCCAGCCCCAGCAGCAGCAGCACCUGGGCAAUGAGAUGCUGGCGAUGCCCUAUGGGGUGGAGAGCAUGGGGCUGCCCCAGUACGGCAAGGAGCUGGCUCCCCAGCUACCCCUGCUGCCCCUGGGGAAGGGGAAAGGAGAGACCUUCCCUCGAGGCGCUAAGGGCCCCCAGAUCGCGGGCCCCGUUGGCCUUGACCUCAGAGAGGGACCCCAGGGAGUCCAGGGGCCGCCAGGACCGCAAGGGCCACCCGGAAUGCCUGGCCACGGGCAGCCCGGGCCCCUCGGAAAACCGGGGCCCCAGGGCCCUCAGGGCUACCCCGGAGUUGCCAAACCGGGUCUACCGGGAAUGCCGGGGAAACCCGGAAUUCCGGGAUUAGCUGGGCAGAAGGGGGACAUGGGCCCCCGAGGUGGGGAGGGGCCAAUCGGACUAGGGGGGCCCCCAGGGGCCCCGGGGCCGCCGGGACUACAGGGGAUCGGGAAGGCUGGCGGGCAGGGUCUAUCCGGAACGUCGGGCCCCCGGGGAGAGCCCGGGUUCAAGGGCGUUGCCGGGCUUCCGGGCCCCUUGGGCCCCAAAGGCGACAAGGGCCUCGGCGCUCCAGGACUCCCGGGACUGAAGGGCCCCAGCGGACCGCCAGGAACCAAAGGGGACAUCGGACUCCCGGGGAUCGGAAAACCAGGAUUGAACGGCCUUCCGGGCCAGCCCGGGUUGCCAGGGAAACCGGGGCCUCUCGGAGCGGCGGGAUACGCCGGCCCUCAGGGAUUACCGGGCGAACCGGGGCCCCAUGGAAUACCGGGAACGGGACAACCUGGAUUGGACGGCCUGCCAGGCCCGCAAGGGGCCCCUGGCGGGAAAGGGAUGCCAGGACCGCCCGGAUUACCGGGGGGGCCCGGGCUACCAGGGUACGGGAAGCCAGGGUAUCCCGGUCCUCAGGGGCCAAAAGGCCACGGCGGGUUUUCCGGUUCUCAGGGGCCAAAAGGUGACAAAGGUGAUGGGGGUGUUGCCGGGGAUAAUGGGCCCCCGGGAAUCACCGGUAACCCGGGGCAACCCGGUCCGAUGGGGCCCUCGGGGGGGCUGGGGUUCACGGGGCCGAAAGGGGACGAGGGCUCCAUGGGGACGAGAGGGGCCCCUGGGGGGAGAGGGGAGCUUGGCCCCGCUGGGCUCCCGGGACAGGGGGGUCCACCGGGACCAGGGGGCCAGUCCGGGCCCCGGGGUCUGCCAGGUCCUAGGGGCCCCAAGGGGGAGCAUGGUCACAACGGGGCCCCCGGCGUUCCCGGCAACGGGGGGUUCCCCGGUCCGAAGGGGGAGGGGGGCUCCAGCGGGGAGCGGGGGGUCCAGGGGCCAAAGGGGAUCCCGGGACUCACGGGGCCCGGGGGGUCGCUCGGGCCCCCGGGAAUACCGGGAUCUAAAGGGGAGAUCGGUCCAACCGGAAAACCCGGGGCCCCUGGCGAGGGCCAACCGGGGGUCCCGGGCACCCUCGGCCCCCAGGGGCCCACCGGUCCAAGCGGUUUGUCCGGUCGGCCGGGGCAACCGGGCCCCCGGGGCCCCCCAGGGGCCCCCGGCCCCUCCUCCCCAUACCCAGACCUCGGGCACGUCCUCCCCGCAACGGGCCCCUACAACCCGGACCACGGCUACCAGUCCUCCAAAAACGGCGGCGUCGACGCCCAAGGGGGCGGAGAUUACGAAAUCCCCGCCUUCACCGCAAAGCUCACCAACCCGUUCCCGCCCGUGGCAAUGCCCAUCAUCUUCGACAAGCUCCUGCACAAUGGGAACCAGGACUACAAUCCCCAGACCGGUGUCUUCGCCUGUAGCGUUCCAGGGGUGUACUAUUUCGCGUACCACGUACACUGCAAAGGCGGGAACGUUUGGGUGGCUCUGAUGAAAAAUGGCGACCCCCUGAUGUAUACGUAUGACGAGUACAAGAAGGGGUUGGUGGACCAGUCGUCUGGGAGCGCGGUGGUGCCGUUGAAGCAGGGCGAUACGGUGCAUCUUCAGCUGCCGUCCGAUCAGGCUGCAGGUCUCUACGCUGGGCAGUAUGUUCAUUCAAGCUUUACGGGGUAUUUGUUGCAUCCAAUGUAGUAGGAGGCUUCUCACUCACUCACUCACUCACUCACUCACUCACUCACUCACUCACUCACUCACUCACUCACUCACUCACUCACUCACUCACUCACUCACUCACUCACUCACUCACUCACUCACUCACUCAAACACAGAAGACACUCACUCACCCAACAGACACUCCUAACAGUUCCACACACACUCAUUCACUCACAACAGACUCACUCACUCACUCAACACGACAGAGACACCCACUCACUCACUCACUCACUCACUCACUCACUCACUCACUCACUCACUCACUCACAGACAUUCACUCACACACACAACAGACACUCCUCAUGACUCACUCACACACACAACAGACACUCACUCAAUCACACAAUAAACACUUACUCACUCACUCUCACAACAGACACGCGCACACACUAGUAACAGUUCCACACACACAAACUCACUCACUCACACACUGACUCACUCAAACAACAGACACUCACUCACUCACUCACUCACUUAAUCAUCUUUUUGGGGUAUUUGUUGUAUCCAAUGUAGGUUGGGGUGUCUCCGGAUAUUGGUGGAGUGGGGUGGGGUGGGGUAAAGUUGGGGGGACAAGGGCUGAACGACUCAUCAAAUUCAAACCGACAUUGCGAUGUCUUAAAACAGGAUUUGCAAAUCGCAAAGGCUGCGAUUCUUUGGGGUGAUUUGUUACCGUUCCUGACUAGAGAUCAGUUAGAUUCUUAUUUUUCUUUCACAAUUAAAUAGUUGAAUAAAGAUGUUAUAAUAUCAAUUAAUCUCAACACAUAGGCCUGGCCUAAACGAAAGAGCAGUUUGCGUACUAAAUUGCUAUCGCAAUUGGCCGAAAUAAUCACAAUUCGAUUAUUUCCCUAAGUCGUUCAGCUCUAGCGGGGACUGUGUCCCCCCACCCACUACACCCCUGGUCCCGAACAAACUGAAAGAAUUCCACCGUAGACUGCGAUCGAUUUGGUGUUUUGGCUAACGCAAGGAUGGUGCGGAAUUAAAGGUAGAGCUAUGGUUAGACGUCGACGCAACGCAAGGCGGUUUACGGACCCAUUAUGUCCUUGUGGAUGCUACUUGCGUCCACCGCAAGGACAUGACGUGCGCCUCCCAAAAAUAUUAAACUUGGGUUGAGGCGACACAGCAGCAAGGGCUGUGAUUGGUUCGCUCACUAAAACCCGACGCAGAACCAAAACAGGUUCACGACUGCGUCAAAGUGACUGAGUGGUCAUUGUGUUGCAACAAGGUUGAACCGUAACUUUACUUUCUGGUGCAGCAAGGAAUGUAGGAUUUGUUAGGAAUUGAGACCGGUCCCGCAUUAGGACAGUGGGAAAUAUUUUUUGCACGCUUAGUCUGUGUUUCUGUGUUAAUAAUUGUGGCACAUUACAUGUUAGGUAUUAAAAAAAGUAUAUUGUGUUUACUUUUAUAACGAUAAGAAAAUACCGCUUCCUACAUCCAUAUUCUGUCUAGAGGCUUCAUUUUGAAGCUAACUGAAUAGAUUAAAACAGAUAUUAUGCCCAGAAGAAAAAAGGAUUUGUUUAGAAUUUGAUUGUUAUCAGAGAAAGAACCGCCCCUUUUGGACAAGAAUUUACAGUAUUCUCGUAUAUAAUUUAUUUGUUUGACUACUGAUAACCAAGUAUAAUUGGGUUACUAUCAUGAACAGUAUUUUACCAAAUAAUGCCGAAAAAGCACUGCAUAUACAUUUUCUUAGAACUUAACAUGAAUACAAUUGACUGAUUACUUAUAUCACAUAUUCAUCUAGUUAAGGUUUCAUUUGUGGCAGCGUUAAUGUUGCAAAUCUCUUUUGGAAGUAUUUUACUUUUGAUCGGUUGUUCUUAUACAUAUAAUGUUAGACGUAUACAAUUUCCUUGUCAGGGUUUCAUUUGUUUUUCCGAGACUUACCGACCAAUAAACAGUAUUUUGUCUGA